AAUAUUUGUUUAAAAGACCAAGCCAAAGCCCAAAUCGCAGUGCGCUCUUUGUGGCGAUAAACAUGACAUCUACACUAACACAACACAGUUAAGCCUGAGAAAUAAGUGACAAAUUGGAAAAGUCGAUGAUAAAUUCGUUUGGGAGUAUAUAUACAAAUUCUUUUCGUAGGAGUGUGUGCAGUGAAGAAGAGCCAGCGAUUAAAGGAAACACAGCAAGAGAAAAACAAGACCCGCGGAGCUGAGCAGCAAAAACACAAACAUCCGGACGAGUUGGGAUCGCAGUUCGAUCUGAUCUGAUCUGAUAUCUAAUCUAAUCUAAUUGUGUGGGAAAUCGGACCUCGCCGCAAUGGAUAGUUUAAUAACAAUUGUUAACAAGCUGCAAGAUGCGUUCACAUCGCUCGGCGUCCACAUGCAACUGGAUCUGCCGCAGAUCGCGGUGGUCGGUGGCCAAUCAGCUGGCAAGAGUUCCGUCUUGGAGAACUUCGUGGGCAAAGAUUUCUUGCCGCGUGGCUCUGGCAUCGUGACUCGCAGACCACUAAUCUUGCAACUGAUCAAUGGAGUUACCGAAUAUGGAGAGUUCCUUCACAUUAAAGGCAAGAAGUUUUCCAGCUUCGAUGAGAUCAGAAAAGAAAUCGAAGAUGAAACGGAUCGUGUGACCGGUAGUAACAAAGGCAUUUCAAACAUUCCAAUUAAUUUGCGCGUCUACUCGCCGCACGUACUCAAUUUAACCCUGAUCGAUUUGCCCGGCCUGACAAAGGUGGCCAUUGGCGAUCAGCCGGUGGAUAUUGAGCAGCAAAUUAAGCAGAUGAUAUUCCAAUUUAUUCGCAAAGAGACUUGUUUAAUUCUGGCUGUGACCCCGGCCAAUACCGAUCUGGCCAAUUCGGAUGCCCUCAAGCUGGCCAAGGAGGUGGAUCCACAGGGUGUGCGAACCAUUGGCGUUAUAACCAAGCUGGAUCUGAUGGACGAGGGCACCGAUGCGCGCGACAUUCUGGAGAAUAAGCUGCUACCGCUGCGACGUGGCUACAUUGGCGUGGUGAAUAGAUCCCAGAAGGAUAUCGAGGGUCGCAAGGAUAUCCACCAGGCGUUGGCCGCCGAACGCAAGUUCUUCUUGAGCCAUCCCUCCUAUCGGCACAUGGCCGACCGUCUCGGCACCCCCUACUUGCAGCGCGUGCUCAACCAACAACUAACCAACCACAUCAGGGACACGUUACCUGGCCUGCGGGAUAAGUUGCAGAAGCAGAUGCUCACUUUGGAGAAGGAGGUGGAGGAGUUCAAGCACUUUCAGCCAGGCGAUGCCAGCAUCAAAACAAAAGCUAUGCUCCAAAUGAUUCAGCAGCUGCAAUCAGACUUUGAGCGAACUAUUGAGGGCAGCGGCUCAGCUUUGGUGAACACAAACGAGCUCUCAGGUGGCGCCAAGAUCAAUCGCAUUUUCCAUGAACGUCUGCGCUUUGAGAUCGUUAAGAUGGCUUGUGAUGAAAAGGAACUGCGACGAGAGAUCUCAUUUGCAAUUCGAAAUAUCCAUGGUAUUCGCGUUGGCCUCUUCACACCCGACAUGGCGUUCGAGGCGAUUGUCAAGCGGCAGAUAGCGCUGCUCAAGGAGCCGGUUAUCAAGUGUGUCGAUCUAGUCGUACAGGAACUUUCUGUGGUCGUGCGCAUGUGCACAGCUAAAAUGAGUCGAUACCCACGUCUGCGUGAGGAGACCGAACGUAUUAUCACAACACAUGUGCGCCAACGCGAGCACAGCUGCAAGGAACAGAUCCUGCUGCUCAUUGACUUUGAGCUGGCCUACAUGAACACCAACCAUGAGGACUUCAUUGGCUUCGCCAACGCUCAAAACAAAUCAGAGAAUGCCAACAAAACUGGCACUCGUCAGCUGGGCAACCAAGUCAUUCGCAAGGGUCACAUGGUCAUCCAGAACCUGGGCAUCAUGAAAGGUGGAUCGCGUCCGUAUUGGUUUGUGCUGACAUCCGAGAGUAUCUCCUGGUAUAAGGACGAGGAUGAGAAGGAGAAGAAGUUUAUGCUGCCGUUGGAUGGUUUAAAAUUGCGUGAUAUUGAACAGGGAUUUAUGUCAAUGUCUAGACGUGUUACAUUUGCUUUAUUUAGUCCCGAUGGACGUAAUGUUUAUAAGGACUACAAACAACUGGAGCUCUCGUGCGAGACUGUGGAGGAUGUGGAGUCCUGGAAAGCUUCCUUCCUGCGAGCUGGUGUCUAUCCCGAAAAGCAGGAGACUCAGGAAAACGGCGAUGAGGAAGGACAAGAGCAAAAAUCGGCCAGCGAGGAGAGUUCCAGCGAUCCACAGCUGGAGCGGCAGGUCGAGACCAUCCGUAACCUGGUUGACUCCUACAUGAAGAUCGUUACGAAGACCACCCGUGACAUGGUGCCCAAAGCAAUUAUGAUGCUCAUCAUCAACAAUGCCAAGGACUUUAUCAAUGGCGAGCUGCUGGCACAUCUGUACGCGUCCGGCGAUCAGUCCCAGAUGAUGGAGGAGUCGGCUGAAUCGGCCACACGGCGAGAGGAAAUGCUGCGCAUGUACCGUGCUUGCAAGGAUGCAUUACAGAUCAUAGGCGAUGUAUCAAUGGCCACCGUGUCCUCGCCAUUGCCACCGCCGGUUAAGAACGAUUGGCUGCCCAGCGGCUUGGACAACCCACGUCUAUCUCCUCCAAGUCCGGGUGGCGUUAGAGGAAAGCCAGGACCUCCCGCACAGAGCUCCUUGGGUGGACGGAACCCACCAUUGCCACCAUCUACAGGUCGCCCAGCGCCAGCGAUUCCGAAUCGCCCAGGAGGUGGGGCACCACCACUACCCGGCGGUCGUCCCGGAGGAUCUCUUCCCCCACCAAUGCUACCAUCCCGUGUGUCCGGAGCUGUCGGCGGCGCCAUUGUCCAGCAGUCGGGAGCCAAUCGCUAUGUGCCGGAGAGUAUGCGUGGACAGGUGAACCAGGCGGUUGGCCAGGCAGCCAUCAAUGAGUUGUCCAACGCCUUCAGUUCGCGAUUCAAGUAA